GGGAGACAGACGGUCCUUUGAGAAAGAUGUGAAAGACGAGACCUUCUCAGGAAAGCAUGAGAGAGAAGAGAGGUGAAAGUAUGGUGAAAGACCUCUCUGGGUUGUAUGAUGGAAGGACUGGGAAAGGAGAGAUCUAUAGGCAGCUCUAGACCCUUCCCAUGGCUCAGUCACCCCAAAACAGAGGCCUCAACCCUGCUAUGGAAACUCAAAGACUGCUUCCCUACCAAUGAGACAACCUCCGCUCAUCACACAGAUAAAGAAAACAACUACAUGGAUAGCAGAAGGGCCGUGCUGGAACUGAAAGAUGUCCCUCCUCCUCCUCCGCACCAUACUUCCUCUUCCCAAUCAUCCCAGCCCUUCUCUCUGGCCCCUGUCCCCAUGCCUCCUCCCUGCUUGCCUCCCACACAGCUUACACAAGAACCCCACCAACAACAGCCACCACCACAGCAGCAACAAGAGGGGGCUAGCCCCAAAGUAAGCAUUUAUACGCACUGUGACUACUGCAGCACAGACAGCUAUGGGUUAUUAGGUGGUGGAAAUGUUGUUGGUAGCAGUAGCAGCAUUGCCGGUGUUGUCUCGCUCUACAUGGCCCCAGGCUCUAUGGGAGCACCUAUAAGCAGCAGCAGUAUUAGCAGGCCUUGCGCUGUAGCUUCAUCUGUUCAUCAGUAUAAGCAUCAGAUGAGCUGCGGAAGCGGAGGUGAAGUUCUUGAUCUGGGUUACAAACCUCAGCUGUCCUCUUCCGUUGCUACCUCUCAGCCGGUUUCAUCACACCCCUACCUCUCCUGCUGCUCAGGGCUUCUUCACACCUACCCAGCUGUACCACUCCCAUGCAGUCAACCCAGCUUGUUUCCCACCUCAGCACCUCUGGCGUCUUCUCUCCCUUGUGUUUCCUCUCUACCCGCUCCCUUGCACGGCUCUUGCCUGGCUUCUUCUGGCUACUACACCUGUGGUGUGGACUGCUGCCCUUCAGCCAGGAGAUCCCAGAGAAGCACACUCGGUGAUCACCAAACCACUACCACCAUCACCACUACAACCACCUCAGCACACUUCUGCUCUAAUCCUAUGCACCUAAAUGUAGAACGCACGGUUUGUGUGAAGGGGGGACACUACUGCCAGGACUGCCUGUUGAAGCCAGUGAAUGGUCUGGCAUCAGAGUCAGACAAGGUGUGGCCAAAUGUUCCUCUUCCCCAGACUGCUCCUAUUCCUAUUCCCAUUUGUAAUGGCUGUGGCACGUCCUCCGAUGGCAUGAUGCUCAUGCCAUCAACCAGCCUUGGCAAGACUGGACAUAAGAAUGGUUCUCCUGAGAAUGGUGGUCCUGAGAACAUCCCUCCAGUGGGUGUCUUCUGGGACAUUGAGAACUGCAGCGUGCCCAGCGGACGAUCUGCUGCAGCUGUGGUGCAGCGUAUUCGUGGUCAUUUCUUUCAGGGCCACCGUGAAGCAGAAUUCAUUUGUGUCUGUGAUAUCAGCAAAGAGAAUAAAGCUGUCAUCCAGGAGCUCAACAAUUGCCAGGUUACUGUUGCACACAUCAACGCCACAGCCAAGAACGCUGCAGAUGACAAGCUUCGCCAGAGCCUGCGGCGCUUCGCUGAGACCCACACUGCACCUGCUACUGUUGUACUAGUAUCCUCUGAUGUGAACUUUGCAAGUGAGCUGAGUGACCUGCGCCAUCGCCACGGUUUCCAGGUUAUCCUGGUCCAUGGCAACCGUACAUCUUCAGCCCUCCUGCAGCACGCCAAUCGCCAUGUGGCCUUCCAGGAGAUCACGGCUGAUCUGCCACCACGUAUGCUUGUCAAAGCACAGCCCAGUUUCAACCUCCUCUAUGUGCACAACCUCCCUGUCAACUGUGACAAGAGCCUGCGAAACGCUGUGAAGCUCCGGCUCCGCCGUCUGUCAGACAACUGUGGUGGCAAAGUGCUGGGCAUGGCCCAGGGCACAGCAGUCCUCCGUUUUGGCAGCACUGAGGCAGCUGCGCGUGCCCGCAAGCGAAUGGAAAAUGAGGAUGUGUUUGGCCACCGAAUCAGCCUCUCCUUCUCCCCACGGCCCAGAGAUGAUGCAAGUCCUGAGCUUGAGCUUCAGGCUCGGCCCCAUCACUUGCCUCAGCCUCAGACUCUGCCCCACACCUAUCACAGCCAGGAUUUGUUGUUCGGCCCUCCCCCGCCAUUAUCCUCCUUCUCCUUUCUGCCCCUGGAGAAGCCCAGGUCACCCAGGAGGCCACGGCGAGCAACCCGCCCGUGCCACACUCCUGGCCCAGUGCCUGAAAGGCCCUACAGCCCCAGGAGGGGGUGCAGUGGGCCUCCCGGUGGUGCUCCAGCCAAGCCCCAUCAGGAGCUGGGUAGUUUGGAGGGCAAGCCCAGAAUGGGCUUCCACCACCUGGAGAAAGGACGUGCUGCUUCCUCUUCCCCCCACAGUAACUGUGAGACAGGAGCCCCUGAGCAGCUGUCCAAGCCUGGCCUGACUGGAGAAUCUCUAUACAGGAGGAGAAGAGAUGGCUCCUACCCUCGCAGCAUGACUGAAUCCCCUGUAGAACAAGGAGACAGGAGCUCAGAGGAGUUCCAGAUUAGCACACCCUCUGCCUUCAGCAAGUUGAACCUGCACAGGAGCUUCAGUCCUCUGAUCCUGUCCCAGGGCUCCUGGUCAUCCAGGAGUGCGUCGCCCUGCCUGUCCAGCCGGUCCUCCCCCCUCCUGGCUGGCCCUCGUAGCCCGUGUCCUGAAGGUCCUUCUGAGCCUUUUUCAGAUGGGGCUGAGGUCCAGGUAGCCAACCUGGACUACAGAUUGUCCCGCAAGGAUCUGCAGCAGACUCUGCAUGACACCUUCUCCCGUUACGGGCGGGUGAAAGCUGUGGAGCUUAGCCCCCAUACUGACUAUCAGCUGAAGGCCACAAUCCAAAUGCUUUCCCUGCAGCAGGCCAUAAGUGCCGUCAGUGGCCUGCACCGCUAUAAGAUCGGAGGCAAGCGCAUUCAGGUGUCACUGAUCACUGGUGGCAGCAGCAAAUCUCUUGUUAUGCUCAGCACCGAGAUCAUUACUAUUCUUCAGGAUGCACCUGCCAACUGCCUUCCCCUCUUUAAGUUCACAGAGAUCUAUGAGAAAAAGUUUUCCCGCAAACUUGUGGUUGGGGAUCUGUACAGGCUACCAGAGGUGGUUUCCGUGCGGGAACAGGGGGGCUCGAGGCUCGUGUGCCUUUUGCCCAGCAGCCAAAUCCGUCAGAGCCCACUGGGGUCUUCCCAGUCCCAAGAGGGUUCUUCUACUAGUGGCAGCCCCGUGGUGUUUGAGGAGCUGGAGUACCACGAACCUGUCUGCAGGGAACACUACAUACAGCGGGACUUCAGUGAGGCUGACUUUGACCCAGACUCCUAUAAAAUACCCUUUGUCGUGGUGUCUCUGAGCACCUUGGCCUCUGAGGUCCACAGUCUGCUGCAGUCACAUGAAGGAACUCUUCCAUUACUCAGUUUCCCAGACUGCUAUGCAGCAAAAUUCAGCCCUCUGCAGCUGGGUAAUGAGACACUGGAGGGUGGCGUUCCUCUGGAGCACCUCAUUACCUGUGUCCCCAGUAUCACAAUAGUCACCGCUCAGAACGGCUUCAAAGUCAUCAAGUGGAUCCACAACAAACCACCAGCACCAAACUCUGAGCCAUGGAUUCAGCGCUGCAAGAGCCCGGUUGGAAACCCACAGCUCAUCCAAUUCAGCAGAGAGAUUAUUGACCUCUUGAAGAGUCAGCCGUCUUGCAUUAUGCCCAUGAGCAAGUUUAUACCCUCAUACCACCAUCACUUCGCCAAGCAGUGCCGCGUCUCUGACUACGGCUACUCCAAGCUGCUGGAGCUUCUGGAGGCUGUGCCCCAUGUCCUGCAGAUCUUGGGUAUGGGUACCAAGCGGUUACUAACUCUGACUCAUCGUGCUCAAGUGAAACGCUUCACCCAAGACCUGCUCAAACUGCUUAAAUUCCAAGCCAGCAAACAAGUGGCAAUCAAAGACUUCAUGCAGGCAUACCAUUGGUGCUUCUCCAGAGACUGGAGGGUGAUGGACUAUGGCAUCUGUGACCUGAUGGACCUGCUGACUGAGAUCCCUGACACCACCAUCACUAUUACACAUCAGGAAACGGACACAAUCAUCUCUGUUCCCAAGAGAGAGCGUACCGUGGAGGAAAUGGAGCGCACCAAGCAGUUUGGGAAGGAGGUGGUGGACCUUCUCCGUCACCAGCCUCACUGCCGAAUGGCCUUCAGCAAGUUCAUCCCCACCUACCACCAUCACUUCGGCCGUCAGUGCAAGCUCAGCUACUACGGCUUCACAAAGCUCAUGGAGCUCUUCGAGGCAAUCCCCAACGUGCUGAUGGUGUUGGAGUGUGGUGAGGAAAAAGUGCUGACUCUGACGGAAGUGGAGCGUAUCAAAGCUCUGGCAGCUCAGCUGGUCAAGCUGCUCCGAGCUCAAAAGAACUCCAGCCUUCCUGUCAGCCAGCUGCUCACAGAGUACAGCAAGACCUUCGGUUAUGGUCUACGCCUGCAGGACUACGAUGCCAGCUCCCUGCCGGCUCUGCUGAUCAAACUGUGCCAUGUUGUCAAGGUGGUGGAUGGCUCAGGGGGUCGGGAAGUGCAGCUGAUCAACAGGAAAUCUUUGCGCUCUCUGACCUCCCAGCUACUGGCUCUGCUCAUGUCCCAAGUGGAGGAGCAAGUCACCAGGGGGCUCAAAGUGGAGGAGCUGAGCCAGCAUUACCACAUUAUCCAUGGAGCCCCACUCAACCCAUGUGAAUAUGGGUUCCUCUCCCUCAGCGAGUUACUCAAGAGCCUGCCCUACCUAGUGGAGUUGUAUCAUGAAGAAAGUGAUGACAACAACAACGCUGGCAGCAGUGUCAGUAGUCAUGAUGAUGAGGAGUGGGUGAGGCUGACCAGGCUUUACCAGUUUGCCCGUAACGUACGCGGCCUGCUCAACACGUACCAUUACAACCAGAUCUUCCUGACGGAGUUCCAGGGGGCUUAUAACAAGUUUACAGGCUGCAGCCUUGAACCACGUUUCUACGGAUACACCAGCGCUGACGAGCUGCUCAGCGCCAUUCCACAGGUGGUGUGGAUCAAAGGACACGGUCACAAGAGGAUUAUCGUUUUGAAGAACGAUAUGAAGGCAAGGGCAAGCCCUUCAGUCCCCUGCAGCCCCCAGCCAGGAGAGAGCACAGAGAGCCCGAGGGACAGCCCCGUCAGCCACACCACGUCUGGGACCCAGAGUCCAGGGAACACGGGUGGCGACGGAGCAGCAGAGUCUGAGCUGCUGUGUCUGACGUCACCAGUAGAUCUGCUGUGUGGUCCUGUACCAUCCUGUCUACCGUCCCCUCAGCUCUACCCAGACCCCGUUCUCCUCCAGGAGGCAGAUCUGAUUCACUUUGAGGAGAAAACUCCACCAGCAGUGAGCGAUGCACCUGACGAGGCAGCUGACGGUGCAUGUGAUCCACCUGGCAGCACAGACGACUCUGCAGCCACCGACCCUCCACCUCCUCCUGAUGUGAAGCCCCCCUUGUCCACAGACAGCCCCGGCAGAAGAGCCUCACGCAGCAGAAUUAAACUCGCUGCCAACUUCUCAUUCACUGCAGGUCUCUGAUCCUCAUCACACACACACAAAGCAAUACCAGUCCACACACCGUGUAACUCUAAAUCCCAGAGUUGACUUACACUGAACACAGAAGUGACCCCAGAGGAACACUGGCGGCCCCUCUUCUUCCUCAGCAGGCUGUUGCUAUCUCUGUUGCCUAUUUCACAAUCAGUGAUGUUCACCAAGCUGUGAUUUUCUUCUUGCAGAUUUUCUGCAAUUCUUUUAAUUUGCCAAAUUCAUCUGCUGUAACCUGUUUGAUUUCACCUCAACGGAAGUUAAAUUAUAUCUCCACGAUGUGCAUCUUCAGCUCCGAGCCACACUGUGUCAAAGAACACUGGCUGGCUCACGAUGAAUGCUAAAGAUGAGUUGGUUGCCACUGUUUUACAAAAGUAUUAGGAGGAACGCUAGGGAGGAGUAACUAAGUUUUCUCUCUUAAAUCUUCCGAUAUUUAGUUACUGGUAUUCUCAGAUUAUAUAAUUGACAAAUCGACGGUUUAAAGAGACGUUUUGUUCAUAUUUAGAACCCUCCAUGUGUACUUCCUUGCUGUAUCCCCAAAGAUGAAGCAUUUAAUUUUUAAACUGUGUGAGGUUUUGCUUUGUAGAUAACUGUAGACCUGUAGACCAAUUUGUCCGCUGAACACCUGCCCGUUUCAUUCUUUCACUCUUCUCUUGGAUUUCUUAAGAGGUAGCUUCUCUUUGAGGUAUAUUCUCGUCUUUUUGUCUCCGUUUACUAGCCUCAGGACAGGAUUUUCAGUUCCUUUUGUAUUACGCAGAGUAUUUAGUAGUCUGUGGAAGAGUUUGGCCUCAAUGUGUGGUGUGUCUGGUGGCAAUUCAAUGACGGGACUGAACAUUAGUGUAGCUGUUCACAUUGUGGCUUUUUGUGACCAGAAGCCAAAGGUUUUUGGACAUACGAGGCAUCGAUGGUGAGGUUUUGAUUGAAAUUGCGACUAGCACUGCUCUCAGGAAUUUUUAUUCUUGUUGUACUUUGACUUAAUUUAUUGCAAAGAUUUUGGCUCGUCUCUCCAGGGCCACUAAUGAAGGCCUGAAAGGGAAAAGGGGGGCUCUUUAAUACUCGGGCCAGAUGUGUGCUCAGGCAGCAGGAACUGAGAUAUUGGGCUUUAAAGCCAGCAGCCGGCGCGUUUGUGUUCUUUUAGCUGUGUUAUGUCUGUAUGUGGUUUACACUGGAGUAGGUGGUGUGAAAUAUGCAUGGUGUGCAUAAAUGAGUUUAUGCAUGGUGUAAGCCCAGGAGGAGCAGACUGGAACAGAUGAUGAUGGUAAGACAUUCUUUAAGAUCGGUCUUUUAUUUCCACCAUGUUUUAGGGAUCUUAGAGUCGGCGUCGCCCCUUUGCAGUUGCCACAUAAAAUGCUCAAGGUUUUUAGAGUUAACCUUGUUCCACGUUAGCACUGCUGCGUCCGUGGCGACGCCCACUGCCUGAGUUGAAGAGUUCGAGGGGAGCAGUAGCACUCCUGAGUUUUUGAUUUUUAAACGACAAGGUGAUUGGUUGUGAGAUUUUAGGGAAAAGAGACGGGUCAGGAGGCGGUGGGAGGAGCACACUCCUGUACAGACUGUGACGUGAACACAGAGGACCCUCUGCGGCUCUCUGGAACCUGCCGGGCUUUUACAAUGGCUUGUAUUUGCCGCGGCGCCAAAGGAAACCGCCAUCGGAUCUCCCCAUCCCUUCACGUCUUACACAGAGGAGUUUUUACUUAUUGAUGUGUUGGUUUUUUCUGUUAUUUACUGCGUCUCGAGUGUUACAAGGCUGCUGAACUGCCAUCGAUUAACGGCUGCCAUGAAGUUUAGCACGACUGAGGCGCUGCUGAAGUCUAAGAGUUAGUGUUUGUGUUCAGAGAAAAGGUUCAAAGAAAUGGGAAAGAGCCCAUUUAAUCAGUUUCUGUCCAGUUUCUGUGUUUAGCCAGUGUUAUUAAUUUCCUUUGUCAGACUGGAUUUUGACUUGUUAUGAAAAGCCUUUUUAAAGCUGAGAGAUUCCACCUGCCAACUCGCCAAACAUGUCUGAAAUGCCAAUCAAAAUGUUUUUAAUUAGAACUGUUGGGGUUCAGGUCUCUCCUGCUUUUACAGACUGUCUGGAAACCUCUUUGAUUAAACAAUGAGCGGCUCAUUAAUGAUUUAGAUUAAUGAUUGAUAAAAAAAAGAGCUCACAAGAAAUGUCUAUAUUUAUCUUUGGCAGUAAUGUUUUUUGUGACUUUGAGCAAACCCUAGCUCUCCCUCAGAGUACUGCAGUGGCAACUAACUCAGAGGAAUUAAUUUAACUUCUCUGUUUAGCUCUCUUUGUUUUUACAUCAGUGAGAAGCUAUUGUACCUGUCAAAAUAUGCACUUUUGCAUAGUUUUGGUUUGUGAAAUAUAGAUGUGAAAUUUGGUAGCAGACUGGGAGAGGUUGAAACAUGGUUUUGUGUCUUUACCUCAGUUUCUGUUUAACUGUAUCUGCUUAUUCAGUUGUUUUUUUUCACAUUUCACAAAGAAACUGUCUCCUUUAUUCAGCAGUGUCCUUAAAAUGUAUUUUUUUGUUUACAACUGUCUCACUGAUGUGUCUCACCUCCCCGCUCUGUCAACCAUUUUACUGCCUCGUCACUAACAGUCUAAAUGUUGUUGAAGGGACCAAGAAAGAUUUACGUUAAUAAAUUUCACAAGCAUCAA